AACGGCGCGAUCUCUCAGACAAGGUUUUUUUUUUAGGUUAUGCCGAGGCGCGUUGGUAUUCAUUACAAAAAGUCGAAAGAAUGGAAUGGAUCGGAUACGAGAGUGUUUUAAUCGUUUUCACGCCGGCCUUACUUUUAUUCCUUAUCAACUACAUCUACCACAAUAUUAGGAGAAAAUUCAACUUCAAAGUAAACUGUUGGUUCUGCAAUGAAAACACGAGAGUACCGUACGCGGAAAUCAACGCCUUCAUGUGCCCAUCAUGCACCCAAUACAAUGGAUUCAAUAAGGAUGGCAGCUACAAUAAGCAAAUACUUGAGCAGCAUGAUGAGAUGCUCAAUGCACAAUACCAUUCAACUUCCAUCAAUGAAAGCUGUUCAAAUCAUACACCAUCAAAUGGCCUGUGCAAAUUUUGCAAUAACAACCAGCAGCUAAAGAUUUAUCAGCUAGCACAUUUUGUGCCUAUGGACGAGGAGAACUAUGAUAUUGAGAUUGAACACUUCCAGAAGCAACUGGAGAAAGCAUACAAACUCUGCCCAAAGUGUGAUAGGGUGCUCAAAAAGACUUUGGGACAGCAAAACAAAUGGAUGUUAGGAUUGAAGCUGGCCUCCUUGAAGAAAAAAGUUGCUGUUAUAAAUGAAACCAUAAUUACUGUGCAAGCUGGAAACAGGCACUGGUUGCUUACUGGUUUCUUAAGACUCCUACUUUUAUUUUAUUUUGUUGCUGUAAUGAUGGUUACAUCCAAAUACUCUAAGCAACUGUCUGAAUAUUUACCAGAGGCUUUGAAACCAUUGAAUUAUGAUUGGAUUAUUAAAUAUGGAAGUUUCAAUUACUUUAGGGAUAAUUACAUGCCUGUAUUGGCUAUUACUGGAAUUUUACUAUCUCUGACACUGUUUAUGACCAACAGGAAGAGUAAAAUUAACAAAAAAACGGAAGUGCCAUUAUCUCCAAAGAAAUUGUGCAAAGUACUUGAGACUGAACAACAAGAGGCAAUGGAUUUCCCAUUGAAUUCGACGGAUUUGAGCUCUGAUCCAGAAUCCGAUUACGAGUCGUUCAACGCUUCCAUACGAAAGCGACAGAUGAAGAAGGCUAAGAAACGACAUAAUACGACGACGAACCAAUUGAAGCCUCUUGUGAACAAUUCGAUGCUCUUCCAAACGAUGCCGCAAACGACUUUCGAAUCUUUGAAUCGCUCCAAGUCGCCUUCCAAUAAUAGCACCUUUAAUCUGCCAGAGUUGUUUGCCGAGGUGCGAUCACCUGCAAGCGUAUUUAGCGUAAAACCUCAGCAGACGACUUACGACCUAAAUUUGAAUUUAGGUAAUUUGAAGUUGAGCCCGAAGAGACCGAUACUGUCGCCGUCGAAGUUCAAGAAUCCGUGGGCUUCCGGUGGUCCAACUUCCGUCGCCUCAGGUCAAUCUUUCUGGGAGACGAAACCGGAUCUAAGUGUUAGCAGAUCUUCAAGUCAAAGCUCAGGAUUCAUUAGCAACUGCCCAGAGCCCGCACCCUUCUCCAGGUGCGACUCUAUUUGCGGCGACUUCGGGUCGCUGUACUCUGAACCAGUUAACAAUUUCAACGCGAAGAACAUGUUCCUGUUCGCUCAGAGACGAGAAUUUGGUAAAUUUUAAGGGUGAUUUUUUUUUUCUGUGAAUUAUACUAUAUUGUUACGUUUAAUUUAUAUAUAGAUAGUACAUACACAC